UGUUUGUUUUCGCAAUCACCAUGCACAUCGGAAUGCUGGCGGUUGCUUAUAAAAAGAGGGAGUUCAUUGUGCGUUUCAAGUUAAAUCGGGAAAAGGCAAAGUAUAGCAGAUUAGCAGUACCAGCAGAAAGACACAUAACUCAUAAGAAGUAGCAAAGGUAUGUUUCUAGUGUAUUUAUAAUUCUGGAACUCGUAUAUUUGGUUAGUUUCAGCCAGUUUGCUUGCGAGGAUACCUAUUUACCGAGCCAAGGAUUCGAGCUCGGAAUCGAGCCCGGAUUCAGGUUUUGGCACAUAUGCCAUGUUGACCGCCAUGGUCAUUUUACCCUAAAACAGUUGAGAUUACCUGUGCUAAAUGAAACGCAUACAAACUCAUAUACAGGUCCUAGACUAUUAAAUAAAACUUAAGCCCCGUUUACACUAUACGCUCAAUUUUUGGUACGGCACGGAUAAAAUUGGUAGCCGUACCACUUUUUUGGUUCUUGGACUACCUAUUUAGCUAUUAAAGCCUCAACAAAUCGAAAACAGAAAUGCCAAAUAAAAGGAUCCAUUUCAUCAGAAAAAUCGAUCAAAUGUGGUGUACCACAAGACUCUAUUCUUGGGCCACUAUUCUUUCUAAUAUAUAUUAAUGAUUUCCCUCAAUGUCUAAAUAAUACAAAACCUCGGUUGUUUGCUGAUGACACAAAUCUAACCGCUACUGGAGAUUCUAUACCUCACCUUGAGACUGCAGUGAACUCUGAUUUGGAAAACCUUAGAAAAUGGUUAAUUGCCAAUAAACUUAGCCUAAAUGUAGCUAAGAUCGAAUUUAUGUUAAUUGGUUCGAAGCCAAUGAUCAAAAGUGUUUCAAAUUCACAACAUAAUAUUGAAAUUGAAAACAAACCAAUUAAACAAGUUUACGAAUGUAGAACUCUUGGAGUGACAGUUGACCAGCAUUUGUCUUGGAAAAGUAAUACUGACAAUAUUUGUAAGAAAAUAUAACAGCAGGAAUAUCGGCAGUCUUCGGCGUUUAAAAGAGUUUACUGAUAGACAAACUCUUAUUUCUGUAUAUAAUGCAAUUGUUCGGCCAUACUUCGAUUAUUGUUGUGAAGUAUGGGAUGUGUUUGGGGAAACACAAUCAAAGCGACUCCAAAAACUCCAAAAUAGCGCUGCUCGAAUUAUCAUGAAUAUGAGCAAUGACACAGAACAUUCUGUUGCUUUACAAGCAUUGAGCUGGGUGCCACUCAAAACGGAAAGACAAAAAGCUAAAGCAAAAUUAAUGUAAAAAAUAUUAAAUGAAAUGGGUCCGGAGUCACUUACUAAUCUUUUCACAUAUAAAGGUGAGAUGACAAACUACAAUCUUCGGGAUAUUUCGAGUAGUCUUUGCUUACCUAAACCGCGUACAAAUAGCAUGAAAAAGAGUUUCAUGUACGACGGAGCCUACCUUUGGAAUUCUAUUCCGAAGGAAAUUAGAGAAAGCAAAUCCUUUGCCUCUUUUAGGAAUAAAAUCGCUACUCACAUUAAUAGUAAUUGUAAAUAAAUGUUCCCGCAGACCAUAACUUACUAAGUACCGGUACUAUACUUUACCUAUUUAAUACUAUUUCUAAUAUUUUGUAAAUAAUUAUUCUAAAUUUUAUACUUCUGUAAUUUCUUCUAUACACGCCCCCUGUGGAAAUCAGCUUCGGUUGACGGGGUUAGCGUGGUUAAAUAAAGUUUUCUAUCUACCUAUACCUAUGGUACCGUACCAAAAAUUGAGCGUAGUGUAAACGGGGUAUCCGAGCUCGAUUCCGAGCUCGAAUCCUUGGCUCGGUAUAUAGUAUAUCGCUUUGCUUGCUCUAUUAUGUUAAUUUAGCGAAAUUCUACAAGUAUUGAAGAAAAGUCACAACUAGCCGUCGCGUCCACAAUAGGGUCACAAUAUGCCGUAGCGAAAUUGUUUGAAAUUGCAAACCAAGCAUCUCAGGUCUCAAUACCAUCAAUUCGAAUGGUUUUCGCUUAAAUUGAUUUUCUUCGCGCUAUUUGAAAAUUGAAACAUUUUGGGUUUACAUGAGUGCUAAUUUAAUUUGUAAACAAACUGUACGUAAAUUCUGCCGGUGUUAUUAAAUUCGUUCGGGUGUAGUAUGAACGUAGUCUCUGCAGUUAAAUUUUAAUUUUCUUUCAGAUGCCGGGUCUCUAUCCGCUUAAUGGCAAAGUACACAAUCUUAAACCUGGCGAGGAUAUGAAGAUGGAUGUAGAAAACGAGGGUGUACCGAGUCAUGCCUCUGAAGUUAUUGUCUAUGCUAAGAUUCGCACUGGAUGGGUUCAAGGCAAAGAUGAAGAUGGUGAACUGGUUCUAUCUGUUACCGGCCCAAAUGGGAAAAUCGAAAGGAGAUUGUUCUGCCACGUUUACGAGCAAAGCGCGUGGGCCUACAAUUCAGAGAAUAUUUCCCUCCCUGUGGAGCCUGGGGCAUGUGCCACUGGAAGCAAGGGAAAAGAAAUUACUGCUACACUUGAAGUUGGUGCCCAAGGGGGCGGCAUCAUCGCGUCAAUUCAAAUGGUUGGUUACCGCGUUUAUUGACAGCACUAAUAUCUCUAGUACUGACAGCCAUAUACUAGUUAGCUGAACGUUUCCAGAGUUCACAUUAUAACAGUCUCAUUUGUAAAUGUCAUGUAGAAUGCAGGGUUGGCAAAUGUUCUUAUAUUAGUUGUUCUUAUAUUAUAUAAGAACAUUUUUUGCGAGGCAAAAAUGUUCUUAUAUUUUCUUAUAUUAUUCUCAUUAAUUAUUCUACUUCGAAGUAGUAAAUUUUAACUAUUUGACAUUCAUCCUGAAAAUAAAAUAUACAGAUAAUAGUCGUAUAAAUACAGCAGUAACAACUAUUUUUAUAUUUUUUAAAGCCAAGAGGUUAUAUUACAGCAACAUCUAAAAUUGAAGUUGAACCAUCAUUUUAGGAUUUUGGAUGAUUUGUUAAUAUGACGUCAUCAAAGUUUUUGAAAAUGUUCUUAUAUUGCAAAAAAAUGUUCUUAUAUUAAUAUAAGAAAUAAGAACAUUUUAUUUUUGAAAAAAUGUUCUUAUAUCCAAC